GAGAGAGAGAAAGAGAAGGAGGCUAGACAAACUAGAGUCUCACACUCAUUUCGGGUCAGUCCUCUGGACACAAACUGCUCUCAUCUGUCUGCUGCUGCACCGACUGUCUCACUGUCAACUCAUCUGAAUGAACGUUGCAUUUGUUCAUCUGUCUGUCUCUCUCAGCUGUCUCUCUCAGCCGUCUCUUUAAGCCGUCUCAGGGUCACAUUCUGCAGCUCAAGUUGUGAGAACAACACACAAACUUGCGGCUGGAAGAAGACCAGCAAAAAAAAACAAACACCUUAAACAAGUGGAAGACAUCUGGACCGGUGCAAACCACCUCACAAACGAACAGCUUCUGCUGCCACUGAGGAUCAGGGGGAAGGAAGCGCCUUGCUCAGAGCAGCUGCUGAGGAAGAGGAGAGCAGCCACUUCACCAACGUUGUUGAGAUUUUCUCAGGCCAACUGCAAUCCUAAAUCAGGUGAACUUUUGUCCCUGCAGACUGACCUGCUGAGAGACAAAUAAAUACAAUACAGUCAUGGCAGACUGGAGCCUGCUGGGAAACUUCCUGGAGGAAGUACAGGAGCACUCUACCUCUGUUGGCAAGGUGUGGCUGACCAUCCUGUUUAUCUUUCGUAUCCUGGUGCUCGGGACGGCGGCUGAGUCGUCGUGGGGAGACGAGCAGGAAGAUUUUAACUGCGACACCGAGCAGCCGGGCUGCGAGAACGUUUGUUAUGACCGAGCUUUCCCCAUAGCUCACAUACGAUACUGGGUGCUCCAGAUCGUGUUCGUGUCCACUCCCAGUCUGAUCUACAUGGGCCACGCCAUGCACAUUGUCCGCAUGGAGGAGAAGAGGAAGAGCAGAGAGGAGGAGGGGGGAGAGAGGGAGGAGGACCGAGGAGGGGGUGAAGGAGAGGGAGGAGAAGAGAAAGACGGGAGGAAAGGAGAGAAAGUCAGAGGAAAGGAGGAUAAAGGUCAAUCGGCAGGUCGAGUCCGUCUGAGGGGAGCGCUGCUGCAGACGUACAUCCUGAGUAUACUGCUACGAAGCAUCAUGGAGGUGGUGUUUCUGAUUCUCCAGUACAUCAUGUAUGGAGUCUUCCUCAACCCUCUGUAUGUCUGCAAGGCCUGGCCGUGUCCGCAUCCAGUGAACUGUUACGUCUCCAGGCCGACAGAGAAAAACGUCUUCAUAGUGUUCAUGAUGGCCGUGUCCGCCGUCUCUCUGGCCCUCAGCGCGCUCGAACUGCAUCACCUGGCGUGGAGACACUGCUGCAGGCGGUACUUCUUAAGAGUGAAGGCCGUCCCUCCAGCUAACGUCUCGCUGGCUCGUCCUCUCUCUCUGUCUCCUCCCCCACCGUCGACCCCUCCUCCGGACUUCAGCCAAUGUGUGAUCGGCUCCUCGCACUUCCUGCCCCUCCCCUUCCCCAACCACCGCCUCGCUAACCAACAAAACUCCGAGAACAUGGCCACCGAGAAGCACAAAAUGGCCGCCGCCGCCGAGGAGGUGAACCUCCGCCAGAUGAGCUGCUACUCGCCCGCGUGGCAGGGCACGGGCAACGGUCAGAUCCAAGAUCGCGGAUACCUGAGGACUGACACGAGCUCCUUUGCGCCCGGUGGCAGGGAGAUGAACGCCGGCCCAGACGGGCUGCUGCUGUGCCCGAACGGAGGGCUCUGUCACAAGGACAAACGGAGGUUCAGCAGAACGAGCGGAACGAGCAGCCGAACGAGAGCAGACGACCUCUCUGUUUAGAAAAUGUAACUUCUCACACACCUGCUGAAUAAACUGAGACACAUUUGAUGCAUGCACAUGUGCAUAUAUACACAUUUAAGACAGUUAGAGGAAUCAUCCAUCACAUUUAGCAGCAACACUAACUCUCUGUUUUUCUGUUUUGUCUCGACUGCUAUCAAAUCUUAUCUUACGAAAAUAGUUACAUUUUGCGUGCGCCAGCAACACGUGUCCACUUUUCACUCGUUACAUGCAUGCAGUCUUUUCUAAAUAAACUUCCGUCUUCACAAGAA